CACAGUUCCGCAAAUCUAGUCUGUUUGUGUUUUGACGUUUUUGGAAGGAGCUCUUCAGACCACCACACAAGUCCCUAAGCAAGGACACAGUCAGCGUUCUACACCUCGGGAGAAAAAAAAGCCCAGCAGACAAAAUGGCAUCGGACUCUCCACGCAGACCUAGUCGCUGUGCUGGAGGGGUUCUGGUGCGAGCGCAAGCUGCUACGGAGCAGUCUUACAUGGAAAGUGUGGUGACCUUCCUGCAAGAUGUGGUUCCCCAGGCUUACACUGGGGCUCCCCCCACUGAUGAAAAAGAGAAAAUCAUUUGGGUGCGAUUUGAGAAAGCUGACAUCAAUGAUGCUGCCCGCAAUCCAGAGUUUAUGGAGAUGCACAGCGGUACUACUGACCCUCCUCUCUGCCUCAUGAUUGGCUACACUGACGGGAUGCAGAUCUGGAGCGUAUCUUUGGCAGGGGAAGCCCAGGAGCUGUUCUCGGUGCGUCAUGGUCCUGUGCGAGCUGCGCGCAUUCUGCCUGCUCCUCAUAUCAGUCCUCUGAAGACAGACAGUUUUGCUGACAAGAGGCCACUGCUGGGGGUUUGCAAGAGCACAGGGUCCUCUGGGACAAGCCCGCCCUACUGUUGCGCUGACCUGUAUUCUCUGCGGACAGGAGAAAUGGUCAAAUCAAUUCAGUUCAAGACGCCCAUCUAUGAUCUCCACUGCAACAAACAUAUUCUUGCUGUGAGCCUGCAAGAGAAGAUUGCAGCAUUUGACAGCUGCACCUUCACUAAGAAGUUCUUUGUUACAAGCUGCUAUCCCUGUCCUGGCCCCAGCCUCAAUCCAAUAGCUCUUGGAAGCCGCUGGCUGGCCUACGCUGAGAACAAGUUGAUCAGAUGUCACCAGUCACGUGGAGGAGCUUGUGGUGACAAUUCACAGUCCUAUACAGCUACAGUGAUCAGUGCUGCCAAAACUUUAAAGACAGGCCUGACAAUGGUGGGUAAAGUUGUCACCCAGUUGGCAGGCACUCUACCCGCAGGCACUCCGGACGAGGAGGGCGCACCUCACAGUGCGAGCCGUCGUAGCCCUCACAACCCUGGUGUGGUCACCAUCAUUGACACACACAGUGUUGGCGAAGGACAGGUUUUGGUGAGUGAGGACUCGGACGGAGAGGGAGUGGUGGCUCACUUCCCAGCCCAUGACAAACCCAUAUCCUGCAUGCAAUUCAACCCCAGUGGAAUGCUGCUGGUGACUGCCGACACUCUGGGCCACGAUUUUCACGUCUUCCAGAUUCUCACCCACCCAUGGGCGUCCUCACAGAGCGCUGUUCACCAUCUCUAUACCCUGCAUCGUGGGGAAACUGAGGCCAAGGUCCAGGACAUGUGUUUCAGCCAGGAUAGCCGCUGGGUAGCCAUCAGCACCCUCCGCGGCACCACCCAUGUAUUUCCCGUAAACCCCUACGGCGGUGCACCCUGUGCCCGCACUCACAUGUCCCCGCGGGUGGUCAACCGGAUGUCACGCUUCCAAAAGAGCGCCGGUCUGGAAGAGAUCGAGCAGGAGCUGAACAGGGCGGCUGCGUUAGGAGGAGGGGCAGGAGGAGGAGGCGGCAUAGGAGGAGGUGGCUGCAUCCUGGGUGGAGGAGGAGGCAUCGGAGGCCGCUGUAGCCCCAUACCUGGUCUGUCUAGCAGCCCCUCGGGGUCUCCACUGCAUGGCAAGCUGAGCAGCCAGGAUUCAUACAACAACUUCACCAAUAACAACAUGGGCAACCCGCGGCUGUCCCCGCUGCCCAGCCUCACUGUGGUGCUGCCUCUGGCUCAGAUCAAACAGCCCAUGACCCUUGGCACCAUCACCAAACGCACUGGACCCUACCUCUUUGGGGCGGGAUGUUUUGCCAUUAAAACUCCAUGCAAAGCUAAGCCACCCCCUCAGAUCUCCCCGAGCAAGUCCAGUGGAGGAGAGUUCUGUGUGGCUGCCAUCUUUGCCUCGCCUCGCUCCUGGUUCAUCACCAACCCCAAUAUGAAAAGAGAGAAAGAUCAGUCCAGGCAGUCGGUUGUUGACUCGCUGUACAUCAUCAGUUGCUAUGGUAACUUAGUGGAGCAUGUCCUGGAGCCUCGGCCAAUUAGCACCGCUCAAAAGAUUAGCGAUGACACACCUUUGGAACUCAGCACCUGUCCAAGGGCCUGCUGGACUUUAGCCAGGACUCCACAGUGGAAUGAGCUGCAGCCACCCUUCAACUCUAACCACCCGUUGGUGCUGGCCUCAGACCUGGUGCAGUACUAUCAGUAUCUUCUGGCUGCAAUGCCUCCAGGAAGCCCAGGCCCAAUCACGCGCCACGAGUCGUCAGACAGCCUGGCGUCGGGCCACAGUGGCCAGGAGGACGAGGAGUGGCUUUCUCAGGUGGAGAUUGUGACCCAUACAGGGCCCCAUCGGCGCCUGUGGAUGGGCCCCCAGUUUCAGUUUAAGACCAUUCACCCUUCAGGUCAGACCACAGUAAUCUCCUCCUCGUCCUCAGUCCUUCAAUCCCAGGGUCCCACUGAUGUCCAGCAGCCCCUGUUGGACUUUGACACAGAUGACCUGGACCUACACAGCCUCAGGAUCCAGCCGGUACGUUCAGAGCCAGUCAGCAUGCCCGGCUCAUCACGGCUGGUGCCUGAUCGCAGAGGACAGUCCAACAUCAUGGACUCAGGAUCAGGUCCGUUUGACGGGCGGGGUGUGACUCUGCUGGAAGUAUAUGGUAGCUGGCCGGAGAGCUUCAGCGUGCCGCGGCACAACGUAGGCUCAGCGGAUGCCAGCGACGAAGGCCUCCGGGAGAGACUGGCCGACGCCAUGUCUGAGUCACCCUCCAGGGAUAUAGUAGGAUCUGCUACAGAGCUGCAGAGGGAGGGCAGCAUCGAGACCCUUAGUAACAGCUCGGGUUCCACCAGCGGCAGCAUCCCGCGCAACUUCGAGGGCUACCGCUCUCCUCUGCCCACCAACGACAGCCAGCCACUCAGCCUCUUCCCCACCAACUUCCCCUAGAGUCCCACCUCUCCACCGGGAACAACCACCACCAUCCAGCCCACCUGCCUGACUCCCCCAUGUCUGUCCACGCAGCAUCAUACUGACACACUGACGUGUUGAACUGAAACCAAAUCAUGUCACGGAUUUAUACAGUGUGUUUUGUGUUUCUCUCAUUUCAUAGAGCUGGUCACAAAUCAGUGUGCUCCCAGCUACAUACAGUAUUAAUAUUUAAUUUCUUGGGGUUGAUUUGAAGGUUGAUGGGGUUUUUUAAGAUGGCAAUGGCUGUAGUUUGUGGAGAUUUCCAAUCAUUUUAAAUUUGGGCAAAAUUCUUUAUUGUUUACCCUCAAAUAGCAUUCAUCUCCGAGUGAAAGCACCUAGUAGUAAUUUCUUUUAAGGAUAACAAGCUAUUUUUAGUGCGAUGGGUUGUGUUCUAAAGUGCAUGAGUAUUUUGAUACAGCUGUGGUCAGGGAGGAACUUCCUUAAUUUUCAAGAUUAGAUUUUUAAUAACAGACCACUAUCAGGCCAGCACAUCUAACAAACCCUGCGUGUUACCUUGCCGUCGUAUUAAAUCAGAAGCCGGUUUGACACAGACGUUGUUGGAGACCAGCCGUCCUUUCCUCUCUGCAGCUGAUGUCUGCUGUUUCCUCAGCCCACCAUCCUUCUUUGUGAGUGUUUGAAGUUUUACGGUGUGCCUAUUGUCUGAAUGAGCCAUAAGAAAGGGAGCGCAGACGAGAGGAAAACUGUUUAUUCCAGUCAAUGACGUGUAGCAGCUCCUUUUCCCUCCGUGUGUUUGUUGCUGCUCUCAUGGCCUCCUGCUAAAUGUUUUUGAUUAAAUUUGGUCCACUCAUGCCUUUGAUUUUCAUGUAAUUACAUUUGACAAAAGAUGCAGUAAUGAGAUGACACUAUUACUACGUUGCUGAAGUAAUUUAGAUGUUUACAGUGUAAUUGAGAUAUGUUUCUGACAUAAUUUAGAUAUAUUCCCUACUUGGCCUUUCCAGAGAGUAAAUUUUAAUUGAGCAGAGGAAUAGAGGCUGGUGUGCUGUAUUUUGUACAUUAGCAACUUUUGACCAAAAUAAAAUUUUUUUUCCUGUAGUUAUAGAUCUCUAAUGUAUUUUCCUUAAAUGUACAAGCUUUGCCUGUAGAAGAUUAACUUUGAUAAUCAGAGACUUUAUUAAAACACACUUUGCCUGUUAGUUUGUCAUAAGCAGAAUGUUUGACGUGGUAAAAACUGAAAUGCACUAUUAGAAAAGACAUUAAAUGAUAAUAGUAGCCUACAAUACCACAUGGCUGAGUGUUUUUUGACUAGCUGCAUGUCUUGAUGGCCUGUCUUUGGUGGCCGGUCGCUGAAUGUGGGCAUAAAUCUACUCAUUUUCAUUCAGAGCAAAUGCUUGUUGACGAUAAGAUUUGAUUUGUAAAAGACUGACUUCUUUCCCCAACAUUCAUGCAAGAAAAAAAAAUAAUAAAGCUUGAGGAAAUGAAA